CUGGUGUACUUGUUGGUUCUCCCUAUUUUUUCCCUAUAUUGAACCCUGGGGGAGGGAUCCUUGAGUGCUGUCGCACAACUACGGUCGACUACAGGCUGUACUUUACGAUUCGUGCCGUUCGAGUUAGUGCAGUGGAUGUUCUACACGAAGAGACUCAAAAAUAGCCCUAAAAGGCGAUUAAGUAUGACGGAUACCGACGGAGGGGCUCUGCGGGACUGUACGUAAAGAUGAGGACGCAUCCGGUGUGGGCGCUGGGCGCUUGCCAGACUGGGUGAAGUGAGAACGGAGAAGGGAAACCUGCUGAGAAAGAGAACCCACCACCCGGGACUGCUGGGGAGGACCUCUGUGCAGGUUCACACGACCGUCUGCAGGGGGGAGCUUCCUGACCCAUGGAGAAUUACUUCCAGGCCGAGGCCUUUAACCUGGAUAAGGUGCUGGAUGAGUUUGAGCAGAACGAAGAUGAGACUGAAGAUCUUUCCGAUGCCAAGUGGACCCAGAUCCUUGCCCCGCCGGCCCACCUGCUCUCUCUGAAUCCCGCCCUGGCCCACGCAGACCUCAGCCCGCAGGAGAGUCCUCUGCCCUUCAAAACUCUCCCGGACCCGUUGUCCAGCGCCUCCCCUAAGCGGCAUCCCGGUGCCGAACUGCCAUCCUGGGUGGAGGAGAGGCCGGCAGACGUCCACAGCCCGCCCUUACUCCAGCCCAACAUCGGCAAGCUGGUGGGCACGGACGACCACUCGCCGCCCCCGGUGACGGCCCGCGCUGCUGUGCAGAAUGGCUGCCCCGCCAGCCCUCAGCUCGGCGGGCCCGGCGAGGAGGCCCGUUCUCCUUCGGUCGACCAGGAGGCGAAGCCUCAUCGGGUGGAGAGAGCUCCCUCAGCGGGGGGACGAAGCUCCGCUGUCAAUUGCACUCACUUUACCUUCGAGGUUGUGUUGGGGCACGAAGAGGAGACCCCGUCUCUGAAAAUUCAUCCCGACGUGCAACUGACGACACCAACCGGGGGGGAUGUUACAGAGGGGGCCAGCGCUGAUGUUUUCCACCGAAAUUGUAUAGAGAAAAAAACUGAACACUUAGAAGAGGAGCAGGUAGAAUGCCUCUUGAAUAGGGGGAGGGAUAUCCAGGUUUGUUGUGAGGUGAAUGGAUUAUCUCCUCCUUACAGGGUCGGAGGGGCAGAGAUUGAGAGGACAUGUACUCCAGAGGGACAGCUUGACCAACUGUUCAAAAUAUCAAGCCUUCCCAAUGGCUUGGAGCAGGAGAGCAGUAACCAUUCCAAACUUAAGGAGACAGAGGAGGAAGAGGAGGGUUUUUCUCCCUCUCCCGUCCCCUCGAAGGAGGAUUCUGUCACCGAAGAGAAAGAAAUGGAGGAAAGCAAGCAAGAGAGUGGCGACGCAGCAAGAGGAGGAGCAGCGUCGGGUAGCGCCCAUCCCAAACCCCACAACAACCGGCUGCAGCCCGUCAGCGUCCCGUACGGAGGGGCGAGACCAAAGCAGCCGGUCAGCCUCAAGCUCCAGAUCCCACAGCCGCUGUCGGGGCAGGUCCAGAAUCAGCUCGGGCCACCGGCCACCAGCAGGAACAAAAACCAGGAGAACCAGUGUCGGAGAAGCACGGCCUCCGAAACUACGGCCAACGGCGCUGAGCAGAGUGCCGGCGGGGUGAACGGGGACGGCGCCGUCCACUCCCCUCCCCCAAUGCCCCCGGAGAGCCCGGACAACGACGCCCAGGCGGGCCAACACGGCGCUCUCUGCAGGAAGCCCGUCAGCUCCCUGGGGGAGGUGGCCCCUCUGUGGGUGCCGGACUCCCAGGCUCCCGUCUGCAUGAAAUGUGAUGUCAGGUUUACCUUCACCAAGCGGAGGCACCACUGCAGGGCCUGCGGCAAGGUGUUCUGUACGUCGUGCUGCAGCCUGAAGUGCAGGCUUGAGUACAUGGACAGGAAGGAGGCUCGCGUCUGUGUCACAUGUCAUUCGGCUCUGACAAGUGCUCAAUCAUGGCAAACGCCGGCCGCUGGAAGCAACCAGAGCCCCAACCCAAACAACCCAGCGGAGUACUGCUCCACCAUCCCCCCCCUGCAGCAGGCCCAGGCCUCCGGGGUGCUCAGCUCCCCUCCUCCUACGGUCAUGGUGCCGGUGGGAGUUCUGAAACCGUCCGGCAACGAGGCCACCUUGACCCGGGAGCAGAGGAGGGUGUGGUUUGCUGAUGGGCUGCUACCCAACGGAGACACAGCAAACGAGUCCCCUAAACCCCCGACCUCCGGCUCAGCGCCCUCACAGUCGCUGGCUAUCUCCAUGUAUUCAAACAAAUCCUCCACUUCUGAAUCCUCAGAGCUCCAGGCAGCCCAUGCCACAACUGCGCCAGUGGGCAGUCCCGUGGGCAGCUCCCUCAGUCUGAUCCCGGAGGACGGGCUCCCUCCCAUCCUCAUCUCCACCGGAGUCAAAGGAGGUACGGGAGGCCACAUCACAGACUACGCAGUGGAGGAGAAGCCGUCAGAGAUCGUCCUCAUGCAACAGCUGGAGGAGGAAAAUCCAGACCCGCUGGUCUUUGUGCUUAACGCCAACCUGCUCGCCAUGGUCAAGCUUGUCAACUAUGUAAACAGGAAGUGCUGGUACAUGACGACUAAGGGCAUGCACGCCGUCGGCCAGGCAGAGGUGGUCAUUCUUCUCCAGUGUCUACCUGACGAGAAGACCAUCCCGAAAGACAUCUUCACCCACUUUGUUCAACUCUACCAGGAGGCCCUCAGCGGCAACGUGCUGGGCCACCUGAGUCACUCGUUCUUCGCGCAGAGCUUCCUAGGCAGUAAGGAGCACGGCGGGUUCCUCUACAUCAGCCCCUCCUUCCAGUCGCUGCAGGACCUUCUGCUGCCCAACCCACCGUACCUCUUCGGCAUCCUGGUACAGAAGUGGGAGACGCCCUGGGCCAAGGUCUUCCCCAUCCGCCUCAUGCUGCGGCUGGGCGCAGAGUACCGAUUUUACCCGUGUCCGCUGUUCAGUGUUCGCUUCAGGAAACCCCUCUUUGGAGAGACCGGCCACACCAUCAUGAACCUGCUCGCAGACUUCCGUAACUACCAGUACACGCUCCCGGUGGUGAAAGGUCUCGUGGUGGACAUGGAGGUGAAGAAGACCAGCAUUAAGAUCCCCAGUAAUCGGUACAAUGAGCUGAUGAAGGCGAUGAACAAGUCCAACGAACACGUGCUGGCCAUGGGAGCGUGUUUCAACGACCGGGCCGACUCCCACCUGGUGUGCGUCCAGAACGAUGAUGGGAACUACCAGACGCAGGCCAUCAGCAUCCAUCACCAGCCCCGCAAAGUUACUGGCGCCUGCUUCUUUGUAUUCAGUGGUGCUUUGAAAGUGUCGUCGGGCUUCUUGGCCAAAACCAGCAUUGUGGAAGACGGUGUGAUGAUCCAGAUCACAGCGGAGACCAUGGACUCUCUACGUCAAGCCCUGAGGGACAUGAAGGACUUCUCCAUCACGUGUGGUAAAGCCGACCAGCAGGAGAACCAGGAGCUCGUCCACAUCCAGUGGACCGAGGACGACCACGACUUCAACAAGGGCGUCAUUAGUCCCAUCGAUGGGAAGUCUAUGGAGUCCAUCAUCAGUGUCAAGAUCUUCCACGGCGCCGAGUUCAAAGCCAACGGCAAAGUCAUCCGCUGGACCGAGGUGUUUUUCCUCCAGAGUGAAGAUCAACCUAACGUCCUGAGCGACCCGGCCGACCACAGCCGGCUCACUGAGAACGUGGCGAGAGCUUUCUGCGUGGCGCUGUGUCCCCACCUGAAGCUGCUGAAGGAGGACGGCAUGGCCAAACUGGGACUGAGGGUCACUCUGGACUCUGACCAGGUGGGUUACCUGGCAGGGAGUAACGGGCAGCCUCUUCUGCCUCAGUACCUGAGCGACCUGGACAGCGCUCUGAUCCCCGUCAUCCACAGCGGAGUGUGUCAGCUCAGCGAGGGCCCGGUGGUCAUGGAGCUGGUCUUCUACAUCCUGGAGAUCAUCUCCUAGGAGUCUUCGGGGCGUCACAUCCAAACAUCAUUUACUUUCUGAUAUUUCACUACAACUGUUUGCACUUCAAGCCUUGGGGGGGAUGAAAGAAGAAGAGUUGGCAUGCCAGGCGGGGUAGCCUUCUUUAAGUCCAACCUAUGCAUCCAGGGGCCGCCUGGGGCCGUGAGGAGGCUCUGAGCGGGGCCAUCUGUGUGUUCUGUGUACCUGAACCCGGUUCGUCUAGUGUUCAUUCAAGGUGCUCCGAGCAGGAAUCGAACACCAGCGAUCAAACUGUUCAGUGUGGCGUUACAGUGCCUAUAAAAAGAAGUAUCACCCCCCCCCCCCCCCCCCCCUCGGAAAGUAUUUCAUGUUUUACUGUCUGUGCAACAUUGAAGUGGAUUUAACGUCUGCAGCGCAUGCAAAAACGUGUUUGCACAAUAGGACACACCUAAACCAUUUUCACACGGACUACUGGAGGGUUUUGUCUUGUCACCAAAUGGUCCAUCUGACCGAACACAGUGGUUUCCCCAUGCUUUCCCCAAUCAGCGGUUUUCUUUCAUCUUUUUUUAAAAGGCGGAUCAUAAGGGUCCUUCAAACGGUAAGAACUAGACGGCUUCAUACAACAAAUGAAACCGUCGGCGAAUAGUUAAGCAAUCAAGUCUUUUAUAUUUUAAACGAACGAUGUCCGUUGAUUCAAUGUUGUAAAACCAUAAAACUUCCAGGGAGAAUGAACCCUUUUCCCAGGUGUUGUGUACAGCCCACCCGUCACCCGCGUGUAACCAUGGCAGCUGGGGCCCUCUGACCUCCGUGUAGCACAGAUGCUCAAACAAGAGACUCGUAUUCACCGCUGAGAAGUCUGGACCUUUUCUUCCUCGUUCAGAUGGGGAGAUGGAAGGUGCGUCUCGGUCAUGUGGUCAUUUCUUUCUCCUUUCUUCCUCUUUUGCACCACGGUGCUCAGUGCCUGCAGCAGCGAGCGGAAAAAAAUGGAAGCUUUACGCGUCUCUCACCAGAUGCUUCAGUUGAUUCAUUUCUUUUCUUUAGGCAUAGUAACUUCUCUGUUUUAACUGCAUCUGUAGCCUCCAUAAGUCCCAGAUGAAGACAGUAUUACUGAAGGGACCGUCGUGACCUCCUCGGACUGACGCUCUGUGAAAACACGUUACAAAAAGCCUUUUCGUCCUGUGAUGGACGCCGACUUAAAACAAAAAGGUUCCAAUGCUUUAUCAAUAAACUUGAUCUGUACAUAAAGCUGAAGAGGGAAAUCUUUUUAAAUCUCAUCCAUCAACUCUUGUUGGAAAAGCCACUCCAGUUAUAUCAGAGAAUAACUGUUGAAGAUGUAAAGCUAUAUAUAUAUAUAUAAACUGUAUUGCAGAAGCAGUGCACUGGAUUCCAAGCCAUUAACGGGAGUGCAGGUGAGCGUCGGGUUGCCGCUUUGUUUCGAAUGAACCUGGUUCUGAAAAAGGCAGAAAAGUUGACUGUAAAGAUCCGGGGUUCCUGCAGAAAGGACAGUUUGACCGACCUGAAGCUGAAUGUAUUUCAUCUCACAUUUCCCUGCAACUAUAUUGUCCCUCCAAAGCCCUGAAAUCAUGAAGGUCCCGCCUGCUUUGGAACCCUGUUGAUCAAAAAAAAAAAAGGCCUCAUCCUCUUCAGUGCAUCUGUAGACCGAUCGCUGCAGCCCGUCUCUCCCUCUGCUCCAGACUGCUCUCCUUCAGCAAUGUGGACCUGGGGAUAAAAAUAAUUUAAAAAAAAAAAACAUCCGAAUGUAUUCCUCCUGUUUCUGCUCAGAUCUGUAAAAUGUGUUUUUUUUUUUUUUUUUUUUUUUCAUUUUCUGGCUAGACUAAUCACCAAAAACCACCGUGUCAACACACUCUGUACAGUGAUCCUCCUGCAUUACGGCAACUUCUCCAUCUGUAAUCAUGCAAAUGUAAAAACCAGAAGUUGUUGACGCAGUGUGGCGACGCAUUUUUAUCGGUAAAAAUCAAUCUCGUCGUCGCAAUUCUAAAUCAGACAAUCACAUGAAACCCUGCGGACGAUGCGUUCAGAUUAGAUCAAUAGCUGUUUUGUAUUUGUUACUCGAUAGUAUUUUAGGAGCCACUGUAGCAAAGUAUUGGUAGAUUCAAAAUGUUCAGUAAAGACUGAAUGAGAGGUCAAAGGUCAGCGGUUCUGGGUUUAUUACUGUGAUGAGACCAGAGUGGGUGUUUCUCAAUCACUGUGUCUCCACUUUGUGACGUCCAUCAACCGCCGCCGGCAGUUUGGUUUUUAUAAAUUAGCAUUAAUGAGGAGAGGCGAGGUUUCCUGUUAUGUUUUUUUGGGGGGGGGCAUUUUCUGAAGUGUGCAAUAUGUCCUGAAUCCAAAUGAAAAAGGUGCAAUUUGUUUGAAAAAGUAGCAAUUUAAUUUUAAUUUUUUUUGUAUUGAGUUGUAAGAUGUGAUCUAAACUUAACACUGCAUGCAAAUAAGCUUUUUAACAAUUAUCUUUUAAUUUUUGGAUGAAACAAAGAUUCUACUCGCUCAGUUCCAUCAUUGCUGUUCCGUUAUAUUAUUUCCUUUUUUUUUUUUUAGUACAUUCAAAACAGUUGGAAAAGCCCAAAACCCUGUCCUUUUUUCCCUUUCAUGCCCCAAAUGUCAAGAAAGGUGAUCUUUAUCAAAAAUUGUAGAAUAUGUAAAAUAAAAUAUAUAGAAAAUGAAUGAGUAGUUUUUGCUUUUUAUCUUGUUUUUAAAAAGUUGUAUUCCUAAAUUGUUUUAUUUUUUUACUAAAUGAAAAAUGCUUGACAGCGGUGAAAUACAAUUUGAACUGGUAGAUUUACAAGUGUAGCAGGCAAAUUAAAUCCAGAAUUUAAAAUAAGCCUUGAUUCUGUUUUAGGGAUUAUUAUUAUUAUAGAUUAUUCUGUAAAUAUGAAGUGUGACGGCAUUAGUCUUUUGUGUGUUUUAACCAAAUAAAAUGAUGGGUAACUCA